UUUUUUUGAGCGAAUUGGUUGCCCACGUGAGCCUCUUCCAGCUGUGUCCAGAUAGAAAGAGUGAAUGGCGAGAGGGAGGACGGAAGAUGGAAUCCAUAGAAAAAUGGAACAAAGACUUUAUAGCACUUAAGCUGUUGGAUAAAAAGUUACAUUCUAAGAAGAAUGGCACUACAGGCAUGAUUGUUAAGCAUCUCCAUAAUACCUUAACGAUUCACGCGUGUUCACUGCCAUCCAUUGCUCGUUCGGAAUGCGCUACUGGUUCCUGUCCGAACCUCAUCAUGAGUAGCAGCGAGCAGCCUGAGCAGAAGCCAGCAGGCAUGGCCUUGACUCCCCAGCUGCGGGUGCGAGCCCACCGCCCCCUCUGCCUGUCGGUGUCGUCCGACAGCAGCGGCAGGUUCCGGGCCCUGGAGACGCAGGACUGGAAGAACAACCUCAAAGCUCAGAUGGAGCAGGCACACAGUGCAGGAGCAGCCAGCAGCACCGGUUCCCUGGAGAGAGCCUCUCUCUUCUGUGCCUCGGGCUCGAACAGCAGCUCCAGUCUGCCCAGCCCCGUCGAGACCCUGACGAAGAGCAAGUCCUCCAGCCGCUUCUCCUUGUUCUCUCCCCCCUGGAACAGCAGCUCCGAGUCGGACUCCAAUCUCCCUUCCAGGUCGGGUUCGAAAAAGCUCCGCAACAGCAGCAGGAGAGGGGGGAGCAAAGGGGAGGACACCUUGGAGGCCAAGCAGAGCAUCCCCGAGCAUUUCCACUACUCCGAGCCGGUCAUCUCCAAAGUGACAGACUACAUCUACGUUGGCAACCUCAAUGCGGCCUAUAGCGGGCGUAUCCUCUGCCGGAACAACAUAGACAGCAUUAUUGACAUGAGCAGCUUACCGGGGGAGCAGAAAAUGUGCCUCAUCCCCUGUACCUGCUCUCGAGGCACCAAGCACAGCUGGUCACGCCUCAAGGUGGACAUCAGUGGCCUGUGCAAUGGGGAGACGGAGGCCCUGAAGCAGCGCUGCUUUGAGGACAUCAACGAGUGCAUCAACGCCUCGACCGAGAAGCGAAAGAGGGUUCUGAUCCACUGCAGGGAUGGGUACUCGUUGGCUCCCACUUGUAUAAUCCAGUACCUCAUGGUUAAGCAGAACAUGAGACUGAUUGCGGCUUACGAGUUCCUCAGAGCCAAAUACCCUGUCAAUAUUCAAGAGUGUCAUCAGAACAUACUGGUUAACUUGGAGAGGUUGCUGAGGCCAGGGUGCAAUGUGGACCCAGAGUGUUUCAAGCAAGCCAUUUCCAGGAAAAUGGCCUGGACUUAACGUAGCUUUUUUUUUUCCAGUGAAAAAACUGAAGGCUUCCCUCUUUUCAGCUAUAGUGAAUAAGAUGUUCUAGUGUCGAGUUGCUCUGGUAAAAAAAGACCUGCACUAAAAAUGUUCGCUUUUAAAAUGGAUAUCCUUGAGUGCAUCACUGACUUGAGCCCGUGUGCUCUGUGACAACCUUUUUAAUGGGAUUAAAAACCAAGAGAUUGAACAUUUGUUGGUAGUCCAGAUCAAUUUGGAAAUGAUGACUCUAUCUUUUAGUUUAUUACAGGACACACGUAAAGUAAGUAGACUUGAAAGACCUGCUGUUACAUUUUUGAGGACAGGAAGAUGAACCGUCUUAACAACACCUAUCAGGGGAAUUUUCAUAUAUGUGAUCUCAGGGGACCAGGUGAUGUCAGUCAGACAUGGCUGCUGGAAGAGGAGGUAGAAGACUUAAAUGCUGACCAGGUUGUUGAGCUGCAGGACAUGGUUCAGAGGGCAUUGUAAGAUCCUGAGACUGUAUGAAAGCUUAUUUUUGAAGACAGAAAAUGCAGGCGUCAAUUUAAAUUCUUAUUAUAAUUGCAUACCACUGUGUCCUGAUCUAGUAGUCAGUGUUGCAUAAAUGAUGUGUGGUAAAAUGAACCAAGAAUGUCUCUGUGACACUUUUAAUCGCCUGGCAGUUUUUUUCUCAGUUGGUGUAAAUUAUUAAUUAUACCAGCAUAUCUGGAUAUUGGAUUCUGAGCUCUGGAUUUUUAUGUCUGUCAUGGAACAAUACCAAAUUCAUUUAAAAAUGGAGACAUAAGAAUUGGAAAUUAUGUUAGACAGAUUGUCAUAGUUUCAGUCCUAUUGAUGGCUAAUCUCAAGUGCUCCUUUAUUGUACUCCAGGAGAAGGACGAGCUUCUGGUUGAACCCUCUGUCCAUGUUUGCUAUUGUGUAUUCACUGCAUUGGUGCAUGAGGGACUUUUAACUGAGCAGUUCUUGUUAUUUUUGCUAAAUUGGUAUUUUUGGAAAUUGAUUUCUGAACUGCAGAACCCCCUGUUAUCACUUUCUAAUGAAAGAGCCUUGGAAUAUUUAUAUAAAGAAAAACACCUGACCUGCAUUACAAAAAUUCAACUCUUUACAUGUCAACGUUAAAAUGUAAUCUUGGUAGUAAAGUUUUCUUUAUUUUAGAAGUUUUUAAAUGAUUGGGAUGCAUUGACACUUUAUGAUUCAAAGGAGAAGUGCUGCUGUGGCAGAAAACCUUUUCAAACCAGCUGUAUAGAUGUGUCACCUGUGUGUUUUAAUGGCCCCUUCAUUUAUAAGAACCUGAAUAGAUGAAGUAACGAGUGGAACACUUCUGUAAAUAAAGGAAGGUUGUGAGCUAUGUUGUUGAAAAAAGGAGGAUGUUUAGUUGAUUUUAAGCAAAUUAUCAUAGACAUGGGGCAUGUAGUAGUAAAAUAACACUGAUUUAGAUAUUACCUAUAGAUUUUAUUUGAAAUGAAACCUUACUGGCCCUUGCUACUUGUCUGCUUGCUUUCAGCCUGGCACUCGGCAGAGGUGUAAAUCCUUCAGUGCCGAUCUGUUUCUGUAUUUACAUUUGAAAGGCUGCAAAUCAGAAAUUUAGACAUCAGAGUAAUACAUAGGACAAAAGGGAUCAUGUUUGUCAAUAAUCUGCUAAAAGUACUGUUCAAUAAAGACGAUAUCUUGGCAUUCUUCUCACUGUAAAACAGGGAAACAAAGCAAGAGUAUUUUGCCCCAAAAACUGGUACAAUACUAGUUUAUUUUCACACACACAUUCUUCACAUGACAAAAGUUUUGUUGCAGUUUAAGGGUUCUGCAGGUUUGGCUGUACAAUGGAAUCCUAAUGAGCAAACAAUAGAAUGUUAUGGUUAUCUAUUUUACCUUAUGAUUAGUUUUAUUUUAUUGUCAUCCCCAGAUUUUGUAGCUGACUUACCGGUACCUUGAGCACAUCGACAGUGAAACUGUUAGUCAUUUUUCCCUUCACAGUGUGUAGAAUGUCUGCUCUGGUUGGUGCCUUUUUUAUAUCUGUCCUGUGUUUGUGCUCAGACACAGACACGUGCUGUAUGGAGCUGCAGUUUCAGAUUUGGAGCUUGAUGCUGUAUGCUGCAGACACUGAUGGUAUAGUUUCCUCUGUCAAAUGCCUUGUGAUGUAAUGCCUGGGUGCAGAUUCAAUCCAAUUCAAAGGUAUUGUAAUAUUGUAAACUCUGUGUAAUAAAGUGGUCUGUAUAGUGCCAGUAAUUUUUUAACAAUGCAAAAUGUGGUGACCAAUGAAAGACAUCAUAUUUCUGUUUUUGAUGCUGAAUAGGUGUUUUACACAUUUUAAGUUUUCCUAAAAAUUCCUUAGUUUUAUUUUCAAGUAGGCUUUCUUGUUUAUAAUGUUCCUUAAAAUGAACUGCUGCAGGUUUCUUCAUGUCAUUUACGGUAGCUAGGUGUAAGGACUUCCACGCUCAGGUGAUUUUUGUAGACGGAAUGUGUUGGUGUCCUCGUUCGGACUGGAAAGAUGUUUCUUUAUGGAAUCUGUGAAGCAAUGUACUGUCUGUAUCAUACAUACGAGGCCCAUGUAUUUAUAUAUGGAAUUUUAAACAUUAAAAGUGAAGUGCUGAAUUGGU